AAUCUAGUAGUAUUAAUUGAUAUUUAUAAAUUUAUGGUACAUAUUAUUAUCAUGAGAAAAAAAUGGUGUAAAUUUUUAUUUUCUCUAGAAGUUCAAUUUGAAUGUCUUUUUAAGAGGUAUACUUAAACAAGAAACAAACAAAAAAUAUUUAUAUGCAUCAAAUAUUUUCUUCCUAAUUAUUUAUUUUGGGAAUUACAUCCUCUAGAAACAAAAUUCUAUAAAUCUCUGAACAAAAAAUAUAAAUCAGUAUAUUACUGAAAAAACAGAUUAUAAGUUUCAUCGGAAAACAUAGGCGAUGGAAAAACCGAUUGUUAGAUUUUACACUAAGUCAAAGAUGCCACGGCUGCGAUGGGCUACUGAUCUCCAUCAAUAUUUUGUUUAUGUUGUUAAUCGACUCGGUGGCGAAAGAAAAGCAACUCCUAAGAAGAUUGUGCAGGCAAUGGGUGUGAAAAGUCUCACACUAUCUCAUGUGAAAAGCCUUCUCCAGAUGUAUAGGAACAAGAAGCGGAGAGACUCAGUACAAGCAGAAAGGAUAAUGAGACAAGAAAUGAGGUGGCGGCAAUUUCAACAACACUUUCAAAUCUAUGAACGCCUUCGAGACGCUACCGAGUUUAUCCAAAAUCAACGAAGGCUAAGCGAUAAUAAAGAAAAAACAAUCGAAUUUCUGAAACCAAGUAACAAAACUAUGGAGGUCGGACAUGCUGACGAUGGUUUGGUUGCUGUUAGCGAUGGUGCAAAUGUUCGUUUAAACUCCACAGGAGUUUUGAAGGGGGAAGAGAAAUUGUCCCUUGGACUCACUCUUGGACUCAAGUACUAAGAGGACUUCGGUUCUAUCCUUUUUAAGUUUCCUAUAUUUAUGUAAUUCUUGUUCCAUAUAAUGGUAUGAGAACAAUAAAAAUGAACAUAUGCGUUCCAAUCAAAAAAAGGAACAAUAUAAUAUAAAAUGUAACUAUGUGAUUUUUCAUUCAUUAUUUGGGUGAAAAUAUUAUUUAAUAAUAAAUAUUUUAUUGCAGACAAGAAUCUCUUCUUAUCAUUCACUGAGACCUCGU